CCCUAGGCAGUCUGGCCCCAGAGGGCUAUGCGGGCCGGGGUCACCGGCCGGGAUUUCCGGUGCGCGCAUCUGAGCUGUGAAGGCCCCACGCGCUGAAAAUCCCAGGUGCCUGUUCCGUCGAAGCAAAACCUCAGGGACAUGCUUAGACUUGCUAUUUUUGCCAGUGGUGGGGACGCGACUGUUGAGAGACACCUAAGAGGCAGAUUCGCAUGGCGGCCAGAGCUGUGGUAUACGGAGGUGACAUUCCCCCAACCCAAGGCCAGAUGGUGCCAAGACAAUCAGUAACCAAGGUGAUCGGUGACACAGGGCAGCAGGUGGAGCCUGGGUUGCCACCCUGUCGAUAUGACUCCUGUAGCCCCAGUGUUUUGAAGAGAAGUGGUGAGUUCACUACAGUUUUCAAGUGAGCUCUGCACUCAGAACUUCAGCCAUGAAGAUAACAGGCAUUUUCCUUCUCAUUGCCUUGGCUCUGUUGACUUUAUCUGGUAACACAAGAGCUGACUCCCUGAAAAGAGAGGCUAAAUGUAACGGUGGACUUAAUGGAUGUCCCAGGAUCUAUAACCCUGUUUGUGGGACUGAUGGCACUACUUACUCCAAUGAAUGCAUGUUAUGCCGUGAAAAUGAGAAGCGCCAGAUUCCUGUCCUCAUUCAAAAAUCUGGGCCUUGCUGAGAACCGAGGUUCUGAAAUCCCAUAAGGUCACCAUGAUACCUUGACUGCCUGAUUAUUAAAAUAAACUGCAUCUAAA